AAUUGUCGCGAACGCUUUUAUCCGUAUACGGUCCUUGGCCCGUUUGGGAAUACCACGUACGAUUUCCACGUCUACGUUUAUUAGACGGUCGAGUUAAUGACUCGCGUUCGGCAAGUCAUUCGCGUUUAUCAGGUUGACUGACGAAACGAGAUACCUCGUGAUUUCGAUCGCGCUUCCUUUGAUGACUUAAGACGUUUAUGAGUGUCACGCUCGUUAACACUUAGUGCGAUGGAUAAUCAAAGCGGGAAAAUUCAACGAGCUAUUAUUUGUCUUCUCUUGCUUGUCGGCGGUGCGACCGGUCUGAAGGAUGUAAAGAUCAAAGUUCCGGAUAUGGUCAGAUCUGGGGAUGACGCUUUGCUAUCUUGCAAUUAUGACCUCGAGAGUGCCAGUCUCUAUGCCAUUAAAUGGUAUCGUGGAGACGUUGAAUUUUAUCGUUAUCUACCGAAGGAAGCUCCAUCCCACACCGUAUUUCCGGUUCAGGGUAUAAAAGUAGAUAUCUCAAAGUCGGACAACCACGACGUGACUCUAGUCAACGUGUCUAGAGAGCUGACUGGACGGUACAAAUGCGAAGUAUCCGCGGAUGCUCCUUCCUUCCAUACUGCGAUAAAGGAAGCGCCGAUGGAGGUUGUAGAUGUCCCAGAAACGAAUCCCACGAUCGUGGCUGAGAGGCAGCGUUUACCAGCGGGGGAAACUCUUCGAGCGAAUUGCACAUCGGGACCCUCCCGUCCCGCCCCCGUCAUUAAGUGGACCCUCAACGGAAACCACCUGAACAACGAUACGAUGCAGUACAAAGUACAGUCUCAGAGGGUGGCCCAGUAUGAAAUGGAAAUGACUCGGGCGAGUCUCGAGCUCAAAAUUUCGAGUGAUCUCUUUCAAGAUGGCCGCCUGCAGGUGCGUUGCUUCGCUGAGAUUUCCAACGUGUACCGCGACUCCGUUGAACUCGACGUCACAGAGGACGCACCCCUUUUGGCCCCGAUUACAGGAGACGCAUCGCCACACAGUCACCACUCGAGCGGAUGUGGUCAUCCAGUUCUGUCCGAGACUCACCGACUGAUUCUAGUCGCCACGACGAUGGUCAACGUGGUCAACAUUCUACGAGUGUCCAUCCUGAGGUAGCUCGACGGCUCCUGAGACGCCGUUGCAUCUGUCUGACCCGAUUACAUCGUCCAUGUAAAACCUAGUAGUCUAGGGCUUCCAGUUAUGUAUGUUAUACUAUGUAUGAAGUAGAUAGGUGAAUAAUUUUUAUUGGAGUGACGAGUAAAUAAUACAACAAACGAUAUACAGUUACUUUUGAACAUGUUAUCUUUUGAUGUAAAUUGUUAAUAAAAUGCGUUAACUUAUGCAUUCCACACGAGACAGCUAAGAACGAUGGGACGUUGAGGGAUAAUGAUAAUAAUGAUAAUGAUAUACGAUAAAGAAAAGAAAAAAAAAUUUAUAUACAUAAAUGGAAAGUCCGUGAGACCACAGGAUUAAAGAAAAAAUGUAUGGCGGCGUACUCGACAUUUUCUACUGUAAUAUUCCUAAAUCAUGGGAAUUACUACGAUUGAGAAUAAUCCCAUAGAGGAGACUGGGGUCGUCAUGGAAACAGCACGCGGCAACAUCAUCGAUAC